CUGGAGGGGGGGGGACUCCAUGUCCCAGACAUCUCGGCAUCAGUGAACCAGGAGCCGGGGCUGGAGGAGGAACAUGGCAGCGCCGUCAACUGUCAACACAUGCCGCGAGGAGGCUGCUACUACAACCAUGGAGCGGUCGAUCCGAGAGCGGGUCCCGCCGCUGCUCACCGACCUCUACCAGUUCACCAUGGCGUACUCGUACUGGCGGGCCCGCCGCCACCAGGAGCCCGCCGUGUUCGAGCUCUUCUUCAGGGAUAACCCGUUCGGCGGCGGCUUCUCGCUGUUCGCCGGUCUGCACGACUGUCAGCUGUUUCUGCGCAGCUUUCGCUUCACACACGAAGAUGUGGAGUUCCUGCGCUCGGUGCUGCCUCCAGCCACUGACCCCGCCUUCUUCGAGUUCCUGCGCGGCCUGGACUGCUCGGGUGUCACGCUCCGCUCCGUGCCAGAGGGAACCGUGGUGUUUGCCAGGGUGCCCCUGAUGGAGGUGGCAGGUCCGCUGGCUGUCGUUCAACUGCUGGAGACCAGUUUACUGUGUCUGGUUAACUAUGCCAGCCUGGUGUGUAGUAACGCAGCGCGCUUCCGCCUGGCAGCUGGUCCCAGGAGGAAGCUGCUGGAGAUGGGCCUCAGGCGAGCGCAGGGGCCAGACGGAGGCCUCACCGCCUCACGAUACACACACAUUGGAGGGUUCGACCUCACCAGUAAUGUUCAGGCUGGUUUCCUGUUCGGGAUCCCCACUGCAGGAACCAUGGCUCACUCAUUCGUCACCUCCUUCACCUCCCUGGAGGAGGUGUGGCCACGAACUCUGGUGGCAGUGGACGGGGACUCUGAUCCGGUGGACGUCAUCUCUCUGACAAAGGGCUGGUUGAGUCGCGUGUGUGAGCUCCUGGGAGCGACGCCCGGAAAGAUCCGAGAGGGCGAGUUGGCUGCCUUCCUGUCCUACGCCAUCGCCUACCCCCACAACUUCCUCACCGUGAUCGACAGCUACAGCGUUGGCUGCGGCCUGUUGAACUUCUGUGCCGUGGCCUUGACGUUGUGUGAACUGGGCUACAAACCCGUGGGCGUUCGCCUGGACAGCGGCGACCUGUGUGCGCAGUCGGUGGAAGUGCGGCGCGUUUUCCGACUCUGCAGUGAGAACUUCUCCAUUCCCGCUUUUAAUGCGCUCAUCAUCGUUGGGUCCAAUAACAUCUCAGAGGAAAGCAUGGCCGAGCUCAACUCAAAGGAGAAUGAAAUCGACGUGGUUGGCGUCGGAACUCACCUGGUCACCUGCACAAAGCAACCCUCGCUUGGUUGUGUGUAUAAGUUGGUGGAGGUCCAGGGAAGACCCAGGAUGAAGAUCAGUGAAGACCCAGAGAAGAGCACUGUUCCUGGGAGGAAAGCCGUCUACAGGCUCAUAGACGCUGACGGUCAUCCCUUUCUAGACCUGGUGUGUCUGGCGGUGGAGUCUCCUCCAGAGGCGGGAGUCGCACUCAGCUGUUACCCUGCGGUUCAUAAUAGCGACGCCGUCUCGAUCACUCCAGCUCAGGUCGUCUGUCUGCGUCAGGAAGUGUUCGCCACAGGAGAGGUCACGCAGCCUCUGUGCAGCGCCGCAGAAACUAGAGCAAAGGUCCAAAGCUCUCUCCAGACUCUGCACCCUCGACAUAAGAGGCUGCAGGAGCCAGACACUUACUCGGUUGCAGUGUCAGAGAAACUCCACAACCUCGUGACGGAGCUGUGUAAAGGAAGCUCCAGCGACAGCAACUUUCUUCUCGCCAACUAAAGAUCAUUCUCCUCGACUUCUUCUUCUCUUGUCAUCGCCUGCUUCUUUUUUUUUUGUUGUCUUUUUACUGGUUUGAUUUUCUUAAGAACUUCACCCAAAGAGUGCCUACACAAUCUGGAUCACUGCCAGAGUAAAAACCAUCCCAGAAAACACA